GCCAUCUUGCUCCCGCUUCCGCGUUCCCGAAACGUCUGGGGCCUUCAAGCCGGCUUCUGGGGAGCCUGCCAGGUCCCAGGUGGGGAGCUGUGGCCGGGAGCAGCCAGGACCCAGGAGCAGCCCCCCAGCACCCUGCCCUGCCCUCCCCUCCCCUCCCGGCUGCGCUCCCCCUGCCAGAGUCCCGGCCCAGACCAUGGAGAGAUCUCUGGGGACGGUGUCUUUUGAUGACGUGAAGGUGACCUUCUCCUGGGAGGAGUGGCAGCUCCUGAGUGAUGCCCAGAGGAACCUGUACCAGACGGUCAUGCUGGAGACCUACAGCAGCCUGACGGCCCUGGGGCGCGGUGUGUCCAAACCUGAGGUGAUCGUCAAGCUGGAGCAAGGAGCAGAGCCCUGGACUGUAGCAGAACCUCCCCCCCGGAGCCUCUCAGCUUUCAGGAUCUUCCACCGACGCAAGAUCCCGUACGAAUGCAGCGAAUGCAAGAAGACCUUCUUCGACAAGUCCUACUUCAAGACCCACCUGAAGAUCCACACGGGCGAGCGGCCCUACGAGUGCAAGGUGUGCGCCAAGAACUUCUGCUGGAAGUCCAGCCUCAACCUGCACCUCAAGACGCACACGGGUGAGAAGCCCCACGAGUGCGAGGUAUGCCACAAGACCUACAGCCAGAAGUCCUACCUCGUGCUGCACCUCAAGACGCACACGGGCCAGCGGCCCUUCAAGUGCACCGAGUGUCAGAAGACCUUCUACCAGCGAUCGGACCUCCGGAGGCACCUCAACAUCCACACGGGCGAGCGGCCCUACGAGUGCCCGGAGUGCGCCAAGACCUUCUGCUGGAAGUCCAGCUUCCGCCUGCACAUGCGGAGCCACGUCCGCGACCGGCCCCACGAGUGCCCCGAGUGUCACAAGACCUUCGCCCAGAAGUCCUACCUGGAGCUCCACCAGCGCACCCACACGGGGGAGGGCUCCUUCGACUGUCAGGAGUGCAAGAAGAGCUUCUGCAAGAAAUCGGACCUCAAGAGGCACCUGAAGACGCACACGGGCGAGAAGCCGUACGCCUGUGCCGAGUGCCACAAGGCCUUCUCCGACAAGUCGUACUUCCGGGCCCACCUGCGCAGCCACACGGGCGAGCGCGCCUACGAGUGCCCCGCGUGCCGCAAGAUCUUCUACCAGAAGUCCUACUUCAAGACCCACCUGAAGAUCCACACGGGCGAGCGGCCCCACGAAUGUCCCCAGUGCGCCAAGACCUUCUGCUGGAAGUCCAGCCUCAAGCUGCACCUCAAGACGCACACGGGCGAGAAGCCCUUCGCCUGCCCGCUGUGCGCCAAGGCCUUCUCCUACAAGUCCAACUUCAACAUGCACCUGCGCAGCCACACGGGCGAGCGCGCCUACGAGUGCCCUGACUGCCGCAAGCUCUUCUACCAGAAAUCCUACUUCCAGCGCCACCUCAAGAGCCACAAGGGCGAGCGGCCCCACGGCUGUCCUGAGUGCGCCAAGACCUUCUGCUGGAAGUCCAGCCUCAACCUGCACCUGAAGACGCACACGGGCGAGAAGCCGUACGCCUGCCCGCUGUGCGCCAAGGCCUUCUCCGACAAGGCCUACUUCAAGACCCACCUGCGCAGCCACACGGGCGAGCGCGCCCACGAGUGCCCGCACUGCCCCAAGGUCUUCUACCAGGAGUCGUACCUGCAGAAGCACCUGCACACCCACUCGAGGGAGCGGCCCCACGGCUGUCCCCAGUGCGCCAAGACCUUCCGCUGGAAGUCCAGCCUCAACCUGCACCUCAAGACGCACACGGGCGAGAAGCCCUUCGAGUGUGCCGAGUGCCAGAAGAUCUUCUACCAGAAAGGCGAUUUCCAGGCCCACCAGAAAGUCCACACCGGCGAGAAGGCCUACCAGUGCCCGCAGUGCCCCAAGACCUUCUGCUGGAAGUCCAGCCUCAAGAAACAUCUCAAGAGCCACUCGGGGGAGGAGACGGCCCGAGAGAGUAAGCCACGGCCAGAGGGGCCGGGCGGCGCCCCCGGUUAAGCGCACGCGUUGACACCGGGGCGCAAGGACCCGGGUUCCAGCCCCCGGUCCCCGCCUGUGGGGGGGGGGGGAUGUUUCACGAGCGGUGAAACGCCUCUCUCUCCUCCUCUCCCCACUUCUCCGUCUGUCCCGUAAGAAAUGAAUAUAUAGAUAGAUAGAUAGAUACGAGUAACUUUUUUUUUUAAACCAGAUGUCGAUGGACAUCUGACUAGUCAAGUCAUGCAGGAGAGGAUCUGAAUGUAACGAAUCAUAAACAUAUUUGCUGUUUAUUCAGACGUUGACCUGCGUAUGAGAAGCCACUUGGGUGAGGAGCCUAUGUGAAUGUAUAGACUACAUUAAAAAAAAUAAAUAAAUCGGGAGUCGGGCGGUAGCGCAGCGGGUUAAGCGCACGUGGGGCAAAGCGCAAGGAUCGGCCUAAGGAUCCUGGUUCGAGCCCCCGGCUCCCCACCUGCAGGGGAGUCGCUUCCCAGGUGGUGAAGCAGGUCUGCAGGUGUCUGUCUUUCUCUCCGCCUCUCUGUCUUCCCCUCCUCGCUCCAUUUCUCUCUGUCCUAGCCAACAAUGACAUCAACAACAAUGACAUCAUAUAACAACAACAAUAACUACAAGAAGGGCAACAUAAGGGAAUAAAUGCAUAAAUAUAUAAAAUAAUAAAAAUAAGUAAAGAGUAGAUUUUUAAAAAAUAAUGAGUAAAUAAAGUGGGAGGAGGGCGAUCGCGCUCCGGGUGAAGUGCAGCUAGUGCAGAGCAGUAGGACCAGUGGACCAGCGCCAGGAUCCCAGUUGAAGCCCCCGGUCCCCUCCUGCAGUGGGGCGGGAGCUUCCCGAGUAGUGAAGCCGGGCUGCAGGUGUCUCUCUGUCUCUCGCCCUCCCUCUCUGUCUCCCCUCCUCCCCUCUCAAUUUCUGCCUGUCUCUACCUAAUAAGUAGAUAAUAAAAAAUUUUAAACGUUAACACAUAAAGGUGGAAGAUAGCAGAAAACCUUUCCACUUGUAUGACAGAGGUCUGCGAGAACUGAUUUUGCCUUCACUACUGAGGUCAGGAAUUGCAUUUCUUCUGUUGGCUUGCUUGCUUUUGCUUUUGCUUUUCCGCGUUCCUGAACUGACCAAAUGAGCCUUUGGUGUUGCUGUAAAGUGGAAGUGGCAUCAGGAUCGAAGGAGGGUGCCCGGGAAGGUGGUCUCGGGAACAUAGAUCACCCCACGGCAUGCCACUCGGAGGGCAGAACCAAGGUGGUGGUUUUUAACUCUCCAUUUGCCAUAACUUGGGUUGAACUUGAAGCGUGGCCAACGACACGAGCCAGUGGGAGAGGAACAAACCCACCUUAUCUCAGGUCAAACUAUGAAGCAAGAAAUGCGGCUUCAGAGACUAAAAGACUCUGGACUGGGGAAACAGGAGUGGGGGAGGCGGCAGUGGGAGUCGGGUACAAACAGCGAUUCCCAAGGAGAUUAGAGAGACUCGGGGGGGCAGGCGGUGGCGCCCCUGGUUAAGGACACGCACGCGCUCAGGUGCACUAGGACGCGGGUUCAAGCUCUUCCUCUCUCUUCUCCACGGUGCAGCCCGACACCGGACCACAACACUGGUCCCCGCCUGCAGCGGGUGGGGAAAUCUUCACAAGUGGUGAAGUAGGGCUGCAGGUGUCUCUCUGUCUCUUCCCCACCCACCCCUCUCGAUUUCUGCCUCUAUUCAAGAAUAAAUAAAAACCUUGAAAAGAGAGAAAUUGCCCUGCAGAUCAUUAUUACUGCCAGGAAAAUAAUGGGGAUAAGACCAAGAAGAAAGAGCAAAUAUAGGUAGAUAGUAUCGAACUAAUAGCCCAUAUCUGAUCUUGGAUCACGACCGAUGUUUCCAGUGGAAGGGAAGGGGACAUGGAACUCUGGUGGUGGCAGAUUUGUACAAUGAUGCUCCUGUCUUAAAAUUUUGUGAAAGUAUUAAAUGACUAUUAAAAAAUAUAUGAAAGUGAGGGGUCGGGCAGUAGCGCAGCGGGUUAAGCGCAGUUGGCGCAAAGCACAAGGACCGGCAUGAGGAUCCCGGUUCGAGCCCCCGGCUCCCCACCUGCAGGGGAGUCGCUUCUCAGGCGGUGAAGCAGGUCUGCAGGUGUCUGUCUUUCUCUCCCCCUCUCUGUCUUCCCCUCCUCUCUCCAUUUCUCUGUGUCCUAACAAUGGACAAUAACAAUAAAAAAGGGAAAUAUA